AUGAGCCAACAAGGAACAUGUCAAAUCUUAUUUCAAAUGAGCAAUAAUUCUAGAAUUGAAUAUAAACAAUUAUUGAAAGUGGCCAGAAACGAUUCCAAUGAAAGCAAUAAGCCAAGGAAGAAAAGAAGGACUACAAGACCUGCAACCAAUACGUUUGAAAAUCAAAACACAAUUGAACUAGCAAGCAACCCUGAAUCAAGUUCAAACCCCACCGAGAUAAUUAACCUAACUAGCAGCUCCAACUCAGAUGAAUCAGAUGAAUUUGAGGAUGUUAGUUUGAUACCCAAUUUGACUCAAGCAAUCGGACAACACUCAAUCGAGCAAGACUCCGACGAGUCGGAAGAAUUUGAAGACGUGGAUCUUAAUAAUGACGCGUUCAACAUUGGCUUAUCUACAAACGCUACUAUUUCCAACCGUGAUGAGGUCUUGACCAUCCCAAUUCAACCAAAUUUGGAAGUUACUCAAAAAAAGAAAAGAACUAUAGUGAGUAUUGAAGAACGGACUCGACGAUUACAAAUCCAUCGCCUGUAUAUUCUUUUCAUGGCAACGCAUGGAGCGAUCCGUAACUCUUGGUGCAACAAUAAGUCACUCGCAAGUGCUCUAGCAGAAAUAUAUUUGGAUGACUCCAUUAGGAAACUAAUUAAAGGUGGUGAUAGUGAGAAAGAUUCCAAUUCAGUCCGUUCAAGAAAGUUGCUCGAUGGGCUACACAAACUAAUGAAUCGAUAUAACCUGAAGUUUCGGAUCACAUCGCAAGGAUUGAUACGCAAGAAUUGGAAUGAACUUUCCAAACGUCAAAACAGAACCGAGACUGUAAGUGCUGGUCAAUUCAGAAAACUAAUCAUUAAUUUUCGAGGUAAUAGAGACAUAGCAGUUCAGGGCUUCGUAAGUCUAUUAAGAGGACUAGGAUUGAAUGCGAGAUUAGUAUUUUCUUUACAACCUCCUGAUUUUACAGACUUGUCAGUAAAUUCUGGACCGGAUAUUGCAGAAGCUACAGAAUGUAAAAGUCUUCCUAAUUCAAUUUCAAAUAGCCGAGACGAAUUUUUGUCUCAAUCCAAGAAACAGAAACAAGCAAAUGGCAUGACAUUUACCGAGUCACGCUUUCCAGUUUUCUGGACUGAAGUUUGGGAUAAACAUUUAAGAAAGUGGGUCAGUAUAGAUCCCAUAGUUAUGAAAUCCAUUGAGGUUUGUCCCAAGAGAAGGAAAUCACAGUUUGAACCACCAUCUUCAGAUAAUAGGAACCAGAUAACUUACGUUCUUGCAUUUGACAAGGCUGGUCGGGUUAGAGAUGUCACUCGAAGGUAUAGUUUGUCAUAUAAUGCAAAUACAGUAAGAAAACGUAUAGAGUCAAGAUCAGAAGAAGACGCCCACUGGUAUCGAAAGGUUUUAAAGGCUUGCAGCAAGAGAAAUUCUCGUUGCUCAACAGAUAUAUUCGAGUUAAAGGAAUUCCACGAUCGUGAUUUGGCAGAGGGAAUGCCCAAUAACCUACAAGCAUUCAAGAAUCACCCACUUUAUGCCUUGGAAUCGCAAAUUCGUCAGAAUGAGGUAAUAUAUCCCAAAGACAAUACCACUAAAUGUGGGACCUUUCGCUCGCGGACGGCAACAAAGGUAAUACCAGUAUAUAAAAGAUCAAGUGUUCAUCAUGUGCGAUCUGCAAAAGCUUGGUAUUUGAGAGGACGAGUAUUGAAAAUCGGAGCACAACCAUUGAAAAUCAAGGAGGCUGCAGAUCCUUCGGAUAAUAUUAGGUUAUAUGCUGAAUUUCAAACAAAAUUGUAUAUUCCAAAGCCAGUAGAGAACGGCAUCGUGCCGAAAAAUGAGUUUGGAAAUGUUGAUGUUUAUACUGCAACCAUGCUUCCAGACAAUGGUGCUUUGAUACGAAUAGGCCCCAAUUGUCCAAUGAAGCUCCUACAGACAGCUGCUAGGAUAUUAGGAAUUGAUUAUGCUAAAGCUAUAGUGGCAUUCGAUUUUGGCGCAAAGCUGAAAAGAAGGAGAACCAAUGCAACUGCAAGAGAAGGUGGUAUUGUUAUUGCUGAAGAAUACAAGGAAGCUAUGGAUAUAACUGUUGAGCAUCUUAUAGAAGACGAGUUAGAUCAGAAACGACAAUUUAUGGAAAUCAGUGCUCUAAACAAUUGGAAAUAUUUUUUAACUAAACUUCGAGUUCAAGCACGUGUAAAUAGAGAACACGGAGUAAUAUCGGACGCGGAAAGUCCAGUAGCAGAAUCUGAUAAUGAAUCCAGUGACGAUGAUCAAGGUGGAUUUAUUUUGACUGAUGUUGAAGACAACCAACCAAUUUCCUACUUGCAAAAUGAAGAGGAUUCAGAUGAUUCGAGCGAGUUUGAAGGUGGUGGGUUUUUAACUUCUGAUAAGGAUGAGGUACAAAAAGUUGCCAAGAAAAUGGGUGAGAAAAUUGUUUGUAACAAUGCCCAACAAGAAGCUAGAUCAUUGCCCGGAAUCGGGGAGCCGAAUGAUACACCGCCAGACGUGUCUGGAAUACAUGAAAAAGAUUCAAGUAAGCAGAAUAAUAUUCACGAACUUUUAAGCGAACAACCGGAAACCAGCUCCCAGGAACUUCAAGAAACAUUUAUUCCAUCUGAUAACUAUGAUUCUAGCUUAGAUUUUGAAUAUAGUGAUUAA